ACAAAGCGCAGGCUCAGGCGCCGCCUCCAUUUCCUCGUCCCAUCCCCCAUCUCGCUCUCGCGGCCGAGAGAAGAGAAUCCGAUCGGAGAAGAAGGAGAGAGGCGCAUCGCCCACCAGCCAUGGCGCUCGCCGCUCGCCUCGUCUCCCGCUCCCGCCAGCUAUAUUCUGCCCAAGCUGCUUUGGCCAAUGGAGGUGUCACUCAAGUCCGCUCAUAUGCCAAGGAAGCAGCUCCAGCUGACCGCCCUGUCAGUGGUGAUGAACUAUUGAAGGGCAUAUUUUUUGAGGUAAAGAAAAAGUUUGAGACAGCACUUGGGGUCCUUAAGAAGGAGAAGAUCACAAUUGAUCCAGAUGACCCAACAGCAGUUGCUGGUUAUGCCCAAGUCAUGAGGACUGUAAGAGAAAAGGCAGAUCUUCUUUCUGAUUCUCAGAGAAUUAAAUAUACUAUUGAGACUUUCACGAAGGGCAUCCCUGAUGCACGGACUUACUUGAAUACCCUUGAGGAGAUCAGGAAAAAGAGUGGACUUAUAGAUGAUCUUGGUGUUGAGGCUAUGAUGAUGGAAGCUCUCGAGAAAGUUGAGAGUGACAUUAAGAAGCCACUUCUGAGGAGUGACAAGAAGAACAUGGGUCUCCUCUUGGCAGAGUUUGAGAAGAUAAACAAAAAGCUUGGCAUUCGGAAGGAGGAUCUUCCCAAGAUUGAGGAAGAACUUGAACUUGAAAUUGCCAAAAGUGAACUGACAGAACUUAAGAACGAGUGUGUUGAAGCAAUGGAGGGUCAACUAAAGAGGGAGGAGUUUAAAGAUGAGGUGAUGCCUGACGUCAGGAAGUUGGACAUUAGAAACUUUCUUUAGGCCUGGUUGGUGAUAAUCCUCACGGCGUUUCAAAAUGCCUGAUCCAGCUAUGUUUUUCCUUUCAAGUGACGGCCGGUGCUGUAAGCGACACCUAAUGGAUGUUAUUCUUGUUUUUUGUAAUAAAACUGCACCGAAAAUACAACGACAUACAACCGUUGAGUUGGGUUGCUUUGGUUACCUUCCGGAUUCGAGAGUUUUGUUGUUUCUUAGGCCGGCAACGUGAACGUCAAGUGUUGCUGAAUAUGUGCCUGCUGCUGUUGUUGUAGUAGCCACAGCUUAUAAUUAUAAGGGAUGCUCCGAUGUUAUGUGCUGA